CUGGUUUGCUUUCCCCCCUGCUGAACUGUAUUAUAUGGGCGUGUAAUUCCUCUAUUCCUGUUGUCCUUCCAGCUUUGUUUAUGUGUGUGCCGGUUCCUUGAUUCUCUUUUCUCCGCCCCAGGAUGGGAUGGAUCUAUCUCAACAGAUUCCCCUUCAGCCGGAGUACUGUAUUAUACAAUUCCCUGUUUACCUUUCUUUCAGAUCCUCUGGUCACUAUCUAUCUAUCUAUUUACCAGUGCAGAGGACCCUACAUCCCAGGUUCUCAUGCCAAAGAUACAACCAACCAAUCAACAUAUCAACAACAUGACUAUCAAUCUACAGUUGAAACGUCCUAUGAUAUUUCCUUUUUUUUCCAAUUGAUUUCUUCGUAGAGAACUUACGAUAAGUGUCUAUGAAGCUAUAUUCGUCUCGGAUUGAGCUACACAAGGUAGGGGAGAGGACCUACUUCACCCGAGAAAAAUCCAAU